AUGGCGCUGUGGUGGUGCGCCAACAUCUUCUGCAGGUUGGCUGCAGCGUGGUUUCCCCUGCUCUUCUCAUCACUGCUAUGGCAAACGAUCUCCCCGAUACAUGCCAUCCCAUCCUGCCCACAGAGCUGUAGCUGUCCAGGUGUUAAAGAGGUCCACUGCACGUUCAGACACCUCACCACCAUACCAAAAAUCUUCCCAAAAGACACAGAGAGACUCAACCUCGGCUAUAACAGCCUGACGGAGGUAGAGGGGUCAGAAUUCAGGUCCCUACGGCAACUGGAAAUGCUCAUGUUGCAUGGCAACGACAUUAGCACAGUCAAUCCUGGGGCGUUUUACAGCCUGAGAUCACUACAGAUCUUGAAGUUGAGUUACAACAAGCUAACGUCGGUGAACCCUGGUCUUUUUGAGGGCCUUGUUAGUUUGAUCCGUCUCCAUCUGGACCACAACCUCCUUGACUUUAUAGAGCCGUACUCCUUCUCUGGCCUGACCUCCCUAAAACUCCUGCAGCUGGAGGGGAACCUUCUCAAAGAGAUCCACCCUCAUACCUUCAUAACGGUGUCACUAUUAGGAAGCUUUUGGACGUCUGGACUCAAACACUUACACCUUUCAGACAAUCUGUUGGAGCAGCUCCCUGCCGCAGCACUGAAGACAGCUCCCAGGCUUGAGCUCCUCUCUCUACAUGGUAAUCCCUGGACCUGUGACUGCCAGCUCCACUGGUUGGUAGAAUGGAGCUCCACACGUGACGGCGUAAUAAAGUGCAAGAAGGAACGUGGCUCCAGUGAGACUUGCCCCCAGUGCUCCUCUCCUCAAACUCUGAAUGGGACUCUUUGGCUGGGACUGACCCCAGACAAGCUUACCUGUGAACGACCAGCUCUUCAGUCCGCCCUCAAACAGUGGGACAAUCCUGUUUGGGCUGAAUCUGAAGCAGAGCCUGACCUCCCCUACACCCGUGACUUUGAGAAGCCGUUAGGUCAUCUGACCGUUGUUCUCUCCGACAGCCAUGGAAACAGUGCUCAUGUGGCAUGUGAUGUGCGACACCCUGGAGACAGUUCACCUAUGACUUGGACAGUAAAUCCACGUUCACCGGGGGAGUUGACUGUCAAUGUGUCACUGGUGACUGUCCUUGAGUGUGAGAUUGAUCGAGAGACGUUGCAAAAUCUAUGGCAAUUGGUCGCAUAUUACUAUGAAAGCCCUGCUAUCUUGGAGAGAGGUCAACAGAGAGGAAAUGCAAGCGGAGUAACCUAUCAAUAUGUCCAAGCCAUAAAUGAAAAUUCCCCAUAUUUCACAGAAUUAAAAGGGUAUUUGGUAGCUGAACCCUCAUGGCUGCUUCAACCAAGAGUCACUUUGAGACUCAACAGACAGCAGACAACAACCAAGAAACUGGUGAUGGAUUUCACUACUGUAAUUACCAAGCACAUCAACAGCCAUAGAGGGCCGGAAGAUGAGAAUGACCUCGCUGUUUCCUGGGCUCUAAUUCGCAGAGGGACAGCAGGACGGGUUAAGACUGCUCUCGAAGGUUCAAAGGUUAUCUUGGAGUGCAAUGUUGUCUCUUCAGAUCCGGAGGUGAAAUUGGAGUGGAUGCUUCCAGAUUUGUCCAUUGUGGAAGAUGCAACUGAUAGGACUGAAAUUUCUGAAAGAGGAGAACUUGUGAUUUUAAAUGCCACACAGUCUGACUCUGGCCUUUACCACUGUAUGGUCAGAAUCAAAGCCGGUGUGGACUUUAUGCCUCUGAGGCUCACCAUUAAAGGACUCUCACUCAGCCCCACCGCUUUCAAUGGUCAGAAAAUUGUAGUUGAAAAAGGUCACUCUUUUUCCCUCCCUUGUGAUGUGACCUCAGUCCUGCCCAGUCAAACUAUGUGGUACUUACCUAAAAACCAAAUUCUUCUCCCCACGCAACAGACAAGACGGACAGAAAUGAUGAAAAAUGGGACUUUGGUGGUAAGGAGGUUGACACCAGAAGAUGCAGGGGAAUACACCUGCUUGACCUCAAAUCUGUAUGGAGUUGACAUGCUGUCACACAUGGUGGAGGUCACAGCAGAAAAGGCCCCUGACAGAUCCAAACUACAGACUGCAAAAAAGCAGCAGAACUUGCUAGUUGGCGUGGAGGAGGGCGAGGGUUCAGGAGGAAAUUACCAGGAAAUUAUACGUCCUUUUGCUACACAGUUCCCUAAGAAGGUAGGAACACAGCAAAGGAAUCCUAAUGGGUUUUCAAAAAGAAUAAGAAUUAAAGAUUCAAAGAGAAAACCCAAUAAAUCUGUUAAGGAAUUAGAUCCAAAUCGUUGGGCAGAAAUACUGGCUAAAGCUAAUGCUAAACCAAGUGUUGCCCUACCCACAGAGCAGUCGCUACCAGAGCCCAGCACUGAAGCUGUCCAAACAAUUGCGUUCAAACCUACUACUACAACUGCUACUACCUUGAACAAUUUACCCCCUACUACCACCCCUCCUGUUAUUAGGAAAGAGACAACAAAUGUCCCCAUCAUCACAAAAGCUAAGACUGAAGCCUAUUCUACUGAGAAGAAAGGGGAUAACUCUGAAACACCGGAAAGUCUGCCGGAGGUUUUACUACCUCCGCCUCCCAGAAAUACAGAACCAACCCCAAACCGUGUUGGUGGGACUGCAGGAAAAGCAGAAGCUGUAACAGACCCUCCUGCUGUUGGAACUCCUCAGCUAGUCGAUCAGUCAGAAAAUAAGCACUCUGGAGAGGGGAGAAGGAACCACAACAUCGUUCCUGGUAAGUCAAACAGAAGAAGGCCUCCUUAUAGACGUAGAAAACCCCCAAUGGUGAGAGUUCGACCGCACGGGCACCCCUUCUACCAUUCAUCAAACAAGCCCCAAACAACUGUUCCCCCAACAACAACCACCACACCAAAAACAAGCACAACUACGACUACUACCACUACUACUAUGACAACAACACCUGUUCCAACCACAGUGCAAAACUAUGAAACUUCAUCUGCUGAGUAUCAGACAGAGGAAGAUGAAGGUGCAUACUAUGAAGAAUAUAAUUACAAGGAUGGUGGUAGUUCUGAUACCAAGGAAGAUUUAAACAGUAAAACCCCUCAUACCACUCAUGAUCUUGACAGCAGUCGUACCACAUUACCAUCAGAUAGAGAAAAGGAUGUAGGUAGCUCUCCCCCUAAUCCAAAGAUGAUUGUCACUCCAAAGCUUGAUAGUACCCGUCAUCCAACUGAAAGGAUUGUUGAAGAAAAUCUGAAGGAAUCUGAGAGCCAAAGGGUUGAUAUCAGAACUCAAACUGAAGAAAAUGGCAGAGAAAAUAAAGAUCUUGCAGGAGAGACGGAGAGGGAGGUAAUUACAGCAAUGGAAGGGCAAGGAAAACACAAACUAGACUCAGAAAGCAGUGAGAAAGACGCAGAUAAAUCUGUAAAGGAGUGGGUUUCACAGGGUUACAAUACACAGGAUAACAUCCAGUUAACUACACAAAAUAGACCAAGACCUAACACUCGAACUUCACCAGAACAAAAUACACCAACCCAGGUAAGAACUUCAUCUUCCAAGGUUAUUACCUCGCAUUCAACAAGAGACAGAACAAGAGAAGAAGUCACACCGAAAGAGGAUAAAGAGGUAAAUAAGCCAAAAGCAAAGCCUGAGAUCCAUAUGUUCCCAAUAAUAGAGCCGGUUCAUCCCUGGCUCCAUCAGAACAAACAGGGAGGAAGGCAAACUACUACUUCCAGAACAACACACACAAACCAAGACAGAAAUACAGGAAGACAAGGGGAAAUUAACCCAGGCAGACAUUCCCAACCUCCCAGAAUCCCCCCAACCUCCCGCUGGCCUUCACACCAUCAUCACUACCCCCUCUACCCUUCCUGGUCAGGUCAAAGGCCAUUUUCUCAUCCAAGGCAAGGUCCUGGGUCACACCCUGUGUCUACGCACCGACCCUGGCCUCUCCCCCACCCCUGGGCUCAAAUCCCGGUUGUUACUAACCGGCCAGAGAUCACGGCUGAAACAGUGAAACCCACAACUACAGUUUCUGGAACAACAGAAAACUCCAGAGUUACGCUCCCAAAUCCUCAUCUGUCACAUCAUCAUCAACAACAAAAUCAUCAUGUGGAUGGCAGGACCCAAACCAGAGAUCAACUUUUUCUAUCAAGGCUGAGGAAUAGAUACAGACAGGCACAGCUCGAUCGAAUCGCACAGCUGGGGAGGAUGGUGACACCCAAACCUCGCACUAGCUACCACAAUCCUCCAUCCCCAAUCACACCUAAACCCAACCCUCAAUCACCACAUAGACCCUACAACUCCAAACCACCACCACCAACUGGUUCUUACACUUACAACCUGCAACCUUUGAACCCUGCAAAACCUUCAUCAUCAUCAUUCUCUGGUUUCAUUCCCACCCCUCGUCCAUACCACCCCACCACCCCUGGAGUACUGUAUGGAGGUUGGUGGCCUGUUGGAGCAGGACGGAUCAGCUCUCGGCGGCCCACAGCUGCACCUCCUUUCCCAUGGGUGUUCGGAGCUGGAAGUGGUGGGCUAAAGCCCCAUAUUAACACGGUAACCACAGCUAGUGUGUCAGUAUUGGCGGAGAGUGAUGUGUUCCUACCCUGCAAAGUAACCGGGAAUCCUGAACCCAGUAUUGCAUGGACCAAAGUCUCCACAGGUGCCACCAUCCCAGCCAACACUAAGCAUGGUCCACGUUUUGAAGUCUUCAAAAAUGGAACUUUUGUUAUUAAAAACAUCCAGCUUCAGGAUAGAGGCCAGUACCUCUGCACGGCCCAAAACAGCUUUGGAUCAGAUCGCAUGGUCAUUACCCUAGCUGUCCAGACUGAGGCACCCAAGAUCCGGCCGCCCACAUCCACAGAAAUAGCAGUCUACCUUGGAAAAAAUGCGAUUCUUGACUGCCUCGCUUCGGGAAAACCACCUGCCCAAAUUUCCUGGAUUCUUCCGGACAGGACGUUUGUACGUGACAUCGGGAGUGUUCACACUCCUCUUUCUCGGAUGUCUCUGCUUCAAAAUGGAACCCUUCAAAUUCACUCUCUCAAUUUCUCCAGCAAAGGGGACUAUAAAUGUAUCGCAAGCAAUGCAGCAGGUGCUGAUACAAUCACUUAUCAUCUCCAUGUGGCAGCUCUUCCUCCAAGCAUCAGAGAAGAUGCCAUGGAUACUGUGAUCAUUCAGCCAGGCAGGAGUGUGUAUGUCCACUGCUCUGUGAAGGGCGAACCAGUGCCUGCUCUGAAAUGGACGCUCCCAGCAGGUGUCCAUGUUAAGCCAACACAGUAUCUUGGACGCAGGCUGUUUGUCUUCCCCAAUGGGACGCUGUAUAUGAAGAAUGUUUCACCAGCUGAUGCUGGAAGUUACGAGUGUUUAGCCACUAAUCCUGUGGGCAUUGCCAAAAGAACCGUCCAGCUGGAGGUGAGGGCAGAUCCACCCUCCUUCUCCCACCAGCCUCCUCCUCUUCCCAUUCCUCCAACCCAACGCCAUGGUGUACCAUCCCAACAGCACUCUGUCUCAGCUAUGUACAGUUCUGCUGUCUACCUCCACUGUCCAGAGUCUACCGGAUCCACAAGAGGGACCAUCUGGCAGCUACCCUCCAAGACCAUCAUGGAACAUCGAUACAGUCCGGAGAGACCAAUUAAAGUUUUCCGUAAUGGGACUCUGAGGAUACUUCAGCUAACAGAGCUGGAUGGUGGAAAUUAUCUGUGUGUCUUUCAGCGGCCCAAUGGGGAGGACAUGGAGCUUUUCCAGGUGGAAGUGUUAAUGACCCCUCCCAGAAUCGAACAUGUGAGGACUGCACAGACCAGGGUCACCUUUGGACAGAAUUUCCAGGUGGACUGUGUUGCAACAGGCCUCCCUGAUCCAGAAGUUACCUGGAGUCUCCCAGAUGGUACUUUAAUCAACAAUGCCCUUCAAUCGGACGACAGCGGCCUUCGCAACCGUCGCUAUGUUAUUUUUGGCAAUGGAACUUUACUUCUCCAGCAAAUGGGCAAAAGAGAUGAGGGUGACUACACGUGUUAUGCCAAGAACAAACUGGGCAAGGAUGAAAGAAAAGUGAGCGUCAAAGUGGGGCCGAAUGCUCCAAAGAUCAUGUCAAAAUCCCAAUCACUGGUUACAAUAAAGUUAGGCGAAUCAGCUAAAUUGAGUUGUCAGGCUACUGGUGAACCUACACCAAAAAUCAUGUGGAUCUCACCAAGAAAUGAUGUGAUAUCUAUGUCGUCAGACAAAUUUCAGAUCAUGGAUGAUGGGAUGUUAGUGGUGAAAAAAGUAAUACUGGCAGACGAAGGAAAAUAUGCAUGUGUGGCACGAAAUUCUGCUGGGGAUGAUGUUAAAAACAUGAAACUUGAAGCUGAAGUCCAGGAACCCUUUAUCAAUAGCAUGAAAGGAAGGAGUACCACAAAGGUUUUGGCUGUUUCUUACCAAACCGCACACCUGGAUUGCAGAGCGGAAGGAAAACCCGAACCAAGACUAUCUUGGGUUACUCCUUAUGGCCAUUCACUCCCAACACCGUACCUAGGCGGUCGCUUCCAAGUCCACCGGAACGGGAGCUUGGAGCUAAGAGGGGUAAGGAAAGCAGAUGAAGGGAGGUACAUAUGUCUGGCUAAAAACAAUCUGGGUGAAGCCUCACUUUUGGUUGAAUUAGAUGUGGUAUCAAUAGCUGAGAAACCAAGUUUUGCUGUUCCCAACAUUGAAAUCUUACCAAUAAAGCAAGACACUGGGGCAUUCAUGCUUGAGUGCCCCGCUCGUGGCAAGCCGAACCCAGAAUUUGCAUGGGUUCUACCCAACGGGACGAUGUUAACACCUGGUGUUAGACUCCAGCGCUUCACACAUCAUCCGGGUAACGGAACUCUACAGAUCUCUCAACCGGUUGCAAGUGAUAAGGGAGUGUACCGGUGCCUUGCAAAAAAUGUGGCAGGACAAGCAGAGAAACGUUAUGCGCUGGAGGCAGGCAGAAAGCCAGUUAUCAGGGGAACUACAGGUGGGAUGAAGAUCACUUACGGUCUCAAUCUCAACUUGCCCUGUACUGUGGAUGGCUGGCCACAGGCGUCAAUCACAUGGACCCUACCUAAUGGUCUUGUUUUGGACAAACCUCAAACCAUUGGGCGGGUAACUUUUCUUGCCAAUAGUACCCUCCAACUCAGGCAUGUUGCAACCUUUGACAGAGGGACAUACAUCUGUAAAGCUUUCAACUCUUUUGGUUCGUCAACCUUAUCCUACCCAGUUUCUGUAAUGGUUUUCCCACCACGUGUCACCAAUACGCUGACCUCAAUUACAAGAGUCAACCGGGGAUCACCAGUGAAGUUAAAUUGUGUUGCGACUGGUAUUCCCAAGCCGGAUAUUUCAUGGACGUUGCCUGGACGCACAACGCUGGUUCCACAUAACCGGUUCACAGUGCAGGGAGGAAUUCACAUGACGGAGGAAGGCAGUCUGGUCAUACAGAACCCUAUGCUCAUGAACUCUGGCAUUUACAAAUGCAAUGCUAAAAAUGCACUCGGGACAGACUUUAAAUCUACUUACCUACAAGUAGUCUGAGUGACAGUUAUAAUUAUUCUAUUGGGAAAAUUUCACAGCAGAAUUAAGACUGGACGAGGAUAUUUCCGACAGGAUUUGAAUAUUCUGCAUAAUACUCUGGAGAGAGACUUAAAACUGCCUGACUUGCAGCUGGGCUUGAGGACCCUUGCAAAGCACUUUCCGCUGAACAGUGACGUUUCAAAUGUGGAGUUCACGGACAGUUUUUUAUUUUAUGGUGCAGACGAUUCUACAUUUCUGGCCCUAAAAAGAAUUUUCACUUCUCAAAGUGCCGUAUUAACUCACUACUCAAGCUUUACCUUUCUGGCCUUACCCUGUAGUUGUAAUUUCACAUUCAUCAUACGACAUAAUAUAAUAUGUACAUUUUUACCUCCCUGUACAAUUUACUUUAACAUGACAAUGCUUGUUCUGCAACUGAAAUUAUGGAGACUCUUCUCUCUUGGGAUUGAUAUAUCUAAAUGUAAUGUGUCCUUCUUAUGACUAUUAUUGUCUAUGUGCUGGUAGAAUUACAAUGUACAGUGAUUUUAGCUGUACAUGGCAAAUAUUAGAUUGCUCACAUCACAAACAAAUGCUUUAGAACUUUGUUAAUACAUUUUUCAGCACAAUUUUACUACUUAACAAUUAAUCAACAAGCCGUAAUGAGUAGUGGAGUGUCAUAAUUAUUCUACUCGUGCUUAUAAAUUGCCAUAUUUUAUCAACUUUUAGUGAGCAGAGACUCUUUUCUAUGAGGAUACAAAUACCCCCUAUUGCUGUGCUACAGCUGCUCUACUGUGUGUAUCAGCUAAUGAAUUACUGUAUGUAUCAAUGUCAUUUAUUCAUGUUCAUAAUGGUGGGAAAGAAAAAGUUAAUAAUAUCUAAAUUGUGAGAUUACAGUAGCUAAAAACGAAGGUGCACAUAAAAAAAAAAUGUAAGU